AUGGCUGCCAACAUCGAACUGGACCGCUCACUGUUCCCUGUACUUUCACAUUGGGGCGAAGGUUAUCUUGCACGACUCGAACUCCUUCGGCCCUUGCAUGAUACCAACUGGAAGGGUAGGAGUCUUGUUUAUCUGAUGAACAAGUUCAAGCUCAAAGAAUCCCGCAUUCGUCGUGAUCGUGUCUAUUCACUACUCUCGCUCUGCGAAGAAGGAAAGGAUUUACAAGUCGACUACGACGCUACAGAUUUGGACGUGGCAAAGGAGAUCAUAAGACGCUGCAAACAAUCCUUCUGCUUGUGCGCUGUCAACACCAUCACGUUCAUCUUGCAGCUGGAGUCUCUCAACCGGAGCGAUGUCACUUUGGACUCGGGGCUGCAACCUUUUGGAGUAAUGACGCUGCCAGUCUUCUCACAGGACUUGCAUGGGACACUUUGUUCAGCUCGACCCUGUCUAUACAGAAGCUGUGACGGUACAGAGAACUCUCACCUACCAGGAUUUGUCGAGAUAGUCUCAUAUAACUCUGGUGUCGUACACCAUUGGAAUCUACGCGGCUCGGGUGAAGACAGACCCGUUGAAUUCAUCGCUACACACUACGAAUGCUCCUGGUCAUUGAUGGAUGGUGGAAAGAGCUGCACAGUCAUGUUCUCUUUCGAGCUCCUUGUCGAGAUCGCCCGACUCGGUCGAGGCUCCUCUAGCGGACUUUGUGCUCGUGUUGCUGAUACUUCGAGCGCGUAUGUGAAGCCUGGAAGACUACUCUCGAAGGAAAGUCGUGUUAAACGCACCGACCUAUCAGACUGGGCAGCGCUAGCCAAUACCCGUGCAGACCUGGGCACUACCGGGUCGUGUAGACCCAAGACCGGCUAUGCGCAAGUCAAGCCACAAGCUGCUUUCUCCUCUUCUGUUUGGUGCACGAGACUGCGUGUUGGUACCUAUGCGGCAAGUCGUUCUGUCAUGGCAGAUGAUCUCCAGCAAAACUCCCCUGUCGUACCGCGGCCGGAGCCAGCAUUGGAACCGUUCGCAUACGCGCCACUUGAUCAUCAGAGAAGAUCAAUUCGCUUGAUUCGCGUUCUUGCGACAAAGUCCAAAGAAGGCAAAAUUCGGUGCGAUAUUCGCCACGCCUCCGUUUCCGAUUCGUACAUAUGCCUCUCUUAUGUGUGGGGGGAGCAAGAUUGUGGGCACACAGUGCUUCUCAAUAGCAAACCUUUCAAAGUACGAAGCAAUCUUUUCGACUUUCUUGCAAGAGCAAGGCAAAAUAACCGAUUGCUUGGAGAAUGGCUCUGGGUUGAUGCGAUGUGCAUUGAUCAGGCAAACGUCGGCGAGCGCAACCAACAAGUGCAACAGAUGGGUCGUAUCUAUUCCUACGCCAAAGAAGUUAUAUCGUGGUUUGGAGAAGACAAAGACUCAAUAGCUGCAUAUUUUGUCGAGCAGACAUCCCCAUCGGAAAUUGCGGUCAAUCCCAAUCUUGCCGACCUGCGGCUCAAAUUUACCUACGCUCCUUACUGGAACCGUGCUUGGAUUACACAGGAAGUUCAACUCGCUCAAAAGGUCACUCUAUUAGCUAAGACCGUAGAGGUUGAUUACCGCUUAUUACGCUCUACAGACAGGAAAUUUCUGACCAUAGAACAUCAUGACCGACGCAGCAGAAUCCCGACACACUGGAUGGUGCCGCCACGCCGUCCAAGUUGGCUACCUAGCAAACCAAGCCUGAUCUAUGUAAUGAGUGAGUUCGGUUAUAAGAGAUGCCACGAUAUACGAGACCGCGUAUAUUCCUUGCUCGCUCUUUGCGAUGACGGAUCAGACGUCCAAGUCGACUACAACACGUCAGUAGAGCGACUUGCGAGACACACCCUAGAGUGCUGCGGACGGUCGUUUUGUCUCUGCUCUAUGCGCAUCGUCCACGAUGUCUUACAUCUCGGACAACAGCUUUCCUACGGCCCAUUGGAAGACGCGUCUUCAAAGCCUUUUGCAUACAUGACCCUUCCCUAUCAUCAAGGUGUUCUUUCGUCGCGGAAAUGCACAUCGAAACCCUCCGCAUUUGCAGAUCUGCUUUCCACAACCUCACCCGUAUCGAGAUGGUUGCAGUAG